CCCUCUUCUAUAUUUCAUACUCUAAAUACUCCCUCUCUGAUUGUAACUCCCUCUAUAACAAUAUCUGCAAGCCACCAUGCUCACUAACUAAAGCGACGCGCAAUUGACCCCGCAUCACCGAGGCUGAGCAUACGCCUAAGUCGUGGUUGAGAAACUGUGGCGUCAGCACCAGCCUCAACCGUGAAAUUCACAUACCCACCAUCUCCCCGCUCGACAACCUCCCUGGCCUAACAGGCCUAUACUCAACAACCGCAGUUGUUUCUUUAGAUCGUCACUCGCUCAUUGCUUUGCACCCAUAAAAAGCCGUAUUUCCCACUCUGCGGCCGCACAAUGGCCUCCACAGGCAUCAGCCCUCGAGAAGCCGCAGUGUUGCGACGCGGCAAGCUCGACGGCAAACCACUCUCCGCCGAGGAGCGAGAGAAGCUCCUGAAGCCCUACCUCCCAGAAGACCUUCCUCCUUCUACCUCGCCCUCCCGAGGCGCCUCGCCCACUCGGAGACCCAAAAACCGCCGAGCGAGCACUUCGCGACGUCGAAGACCCGGCCUAAUCCGCCAUGGUCUGCACGUCCUCAUAUACGCCAUCAUCUCCUUCCUCUUCUCCGUCUUCUUCCGCUUCCGCCAUGCCUUCCGCCACGUCCGCAACAAAAUCGUCGCUCUCCUAAAGUACCACCACCGCACACCCGAGUUCAUCCAGCGCGACACGCGGCACCUGGAACGGCUGCCGAAACACCUGAGCGUGAUCCUCCAGUUCUACGAGGGCGACGAGGACCAGGGCUCAGCGGGAUUGGAGGGCCUGGUGAACGAUGUAGGCGAGAUAGCGGCGUGGACGGCGGCGGCGGGGAUACCGUUUCUCAGUGUUUAUGAGAGGACGGGCAAACUGAAGAACUACAUCCAACAAACCCACACCAGCAUCUCCUCGACCCUCGAAGCCUACUUCGGCCCCCGCCGCACCCCGACCCUCUCCGUCCGCGCCCCCCAUCUCCAAUCCUACUCCCCCCCACCAACGCCCGACCCCCAAGACGACACCUCUCCCACCUCCAACGGCCACCCCAGUCCCAAAACCUCACCGAAACCGCCGCGCCAACACCUCACCGUGCUCCUCCUCUCGGCGGAAGACGGCCGCGACACGCUCGUCGACCUGACCAAGACGCUCUCGGAGAUGGCGCAGAACGGGGCGCUGCAGCCCGAGCAGAUAGACGCCAAGCUGAUCGAUAGCGAGCUAUGCGAGGCGGUCAGCGGCGAGCCGGAUCUGCUGGUUUUGUUCCAGCCGAGUGUGUGCUUGAAGGGGUAUCCGCCGUGGCAGUUGAGGUUGACGGAGAUUUUCCAUCUACCGGAUAACAAGGGUGUGAAUUACCAGGUUUUCCUGCGGGCGUUGCAUGCCUACGCCAAGAUGGAGAUGCGCUUGGGCAGGUAGCAAGAUGAGGGCGGAUGUAUGUGCAAUUUCCUUUUCUUUUCAACUUCAGCUUGGAAGAAGGAUGGAUGUAUGCAUAGCUAUAGGGCGAUGUAGCGAGUCGUACGUAUACCCUGCAUGAAACGCUAUUUAUUCCUCUGGAUUUUGCUACAAGGGUUCGACGGGUGAGGAGUUCGUUCUUAGGGGAUAGAUCAUUCAGCCUCCUGUCCCCCAUGCAAGCCACACCCAAUCGCAGUUGAUAAGUCGUACGUACAUAAGAGCGAUGUUUGGAUAUAUAUGU